AUAGAGAAUUAAUGAGAAAGAAAAUUAUUCGACCAUUUUCUUUUAGUUAGACUAUUUUGUAAACUGCAAUGGCUCUAGCUCGUACAUCUCUCCUAAAAGCUUGGCGACCAGUAAUAGCAGUCAGUCAAGUCAGAAUGGCAGGUGAAUACGGAUCUGGAUCCGGAAGUGGUGGUGGAACUGGAGGAUCUAUCCGUGAUGCUGGAGGUGCCUUUGGUAAAAUGGAAGCUGCACACGAGGAACAGUAUUUCAGGCAAUUGCAAGCGGAACAGCUCAAAGCACUAAAGAAACAUCAUGACGAGGAAAUCGAGGCACACGAGAGAGAGAUCCGCAGACACGAAGAAGCAAUUCAUAGGCUAAAGAAACGAAAGGGAGAAAUUGACCAUAGCAGCGAUAGUGAUUAAUUGAAAUUGUUGUUAUCCAGUUGUAUAUGACAAGAUGUGUGAAGCAUAAUGUAUUGCAAGAUGAUAUUUUCUCAGAUAUUAAGAGCAUUUUGCUUCAGAAUAAAUCCUAAGGUCAGUAUUUCAUUCAGAAACCAAUGGUGAGAUACACUGAUCUUAAAGAGAUUUUCGAACUUUGUAAAGGUUUGGUUCAUGCCAGCCCAUCCAACUUAUAAGGUGAAGAUUUUAUUUUAUCAAUUCUGUCACAAAUCAAUCUGAAAUUAGUUUUAGUAUUAGAUACUCUUUAUUAUUUUUGUGUAAAAUGAUCUUGAUUGCCUUAAAUUACAUUGUAUGCUCAAAGCACAGUCCACUUUUAUUAGUCCAUAUGUGUAGGAGUACUUAAAAGUAGAAAUGUAUAACAUUGCAACUACACUUGGAAUCCCAAUGUACACAUCAACAUCUUGUGUUUUCCCCUCUGAAGAAACUACUGAAUUUUCUGUCAUUGAAAGUUUGCUCUUAUUUGGCAUUAUAUAUAUAUGCUUACCAUGUGCCAUGAAUACCAGGAUUUAAGGUGUGAUGCAUUUAUCUGUGUUAAUUAUUCAGAUGUAAUAUUAAUAAAAA